AUCGUCAUGAACUCUGAAAAGCCCAAUUUUCUAUCCCAACCUGUCGUGAAGAACAUUUUCGUUUAUCGAAAUGGAGAUCCGUUUUACGAGGCUCGCCGGUUAGUGGUAAACCAAAAGAGAGUGUCCAAUUUUGACACUUUUCUUCGAGAUGUGACUGGGGGUGUGCAGGCUCCGUUUGGAGCGGUGCGGAACAUCUACACCCCGAGAAUGGGGCAUCGGGUGGCCUGCCUGGACCAUCUACAGAGCGGGGAACAAUAUGUCGCUGCCGGGAGAGAGAAAUUCAAGAAAUUGGAUUAUUCACAGAUAGGAUCCAAAAAGAAGAGGAUGCUCCUUACUACUUCAGGGCAGAAUGCAAUGAACAAGGAUGUGGAGAACAAGGGUGUGGAGAACAAGGGUGUGGAGACCAAGGGUGUGGGGAACAAGGGUGUGGAGAACAAGGGUGUGGAGAACAAGGGUGUGGAGAACCAGGGUGUGGAGAACAAGGGUGUGGAGAACAAGGGUGUGGGGAACAAGGACGUGGAGAACCAGGGUGUGGAGAACAAGGGUGUGGAGAACAAGGGUGUGGAGAACAAGGGUGUGGAGAACAAGGGUGUGGAGAACCAGGGUGUGGAGAACCAGGGUGUGGAGAACAAGGACAUGGAGAACAAGGGUGUGGAGAACAAGGACGUGGAGAACAAGGGUGUGGAGAACAAGGACAUGGAGAACAAGGGUGUGGAGAACAAGGGUGUGGAGAACCAGGGUGUGGGUAACAAGGACGUGGGGAACAAGGACGUGGGUAACAAAGACGUGGAGGCUAAACCGGUGCCCCAGAGUCGAAUCAUUGUAUCAGCAAGAUUCCUGAAACCCAUCAAAGAGCCCUGUUCGAUUUUUGUGGUAGCGAAUGGGGAUGUGUUGAACCCUGCGUUAAGGCUGCUGAUACCCCAACGGAUACUGGGCCAGUACGACAGGGUUCUGGAGAUGAUCACUGACAAAAUGGGUUUGAGAAUCCUGGGGUGUGUACGAAGCCUUUACACCUUUGAUGGAAAUCAUGUGAAUGAUGGAAAGGACUUGGAGAGUGGACAGUUUUACGUGGCUGUUGGGAGAGACAAGUUUAAAAGACUUCCUUACAGUGACCUUCUGUUCACCAAACCAAGGGGCAUACGAAGGACUACAGGAUCCAAAGCGUCCUCAUUACCGCCCAUAUACACAUCCGGAAAGCAGAACAGAAACAGU